AUGCAGUGGGACGGCCUCUACUUCGUGUUUCUAGCGUUAUGCUGCCUUCAUACUGCAUCUGAACCGUUGCGCUUUCCUGAAGAUUAUCGACUAAAUAUCAUUCGGAGGCGUCGGAGCGAUGAGAAAGACAGUCUCGCUUUGUCCAGAGAAAUAUUCAAAAACAUCACCAAGCAACUCCGCGAAAAUAUCAAGCGUGAAGGAGCGACUGACAGAAACGAUCAUUUGUUACAGAACAAGCCAGAGGAGACACGUCCGUAUGUCCCGUAUCAGAGUUACCACGAUCAUCACCACGAGCACCACUGGGGCCCGUACUUCGAGGAGGAGAAGUAUACUCAAGUGACGGCUCACGUUGGGGCAGAAGCCCUUUUGAACUGUAGAGUGGUCAUGCUUAAAGAUAAAACGGUCAUGUGGUUGCGAAACACAACGGAAUCAGCACAACUUCUGACUGUAGGACCAGCGCUGUACGCUGGAGAUAAUAGGAUAGCUGUUAAGUUUCAAUAUCCUAACAAUUGGAGGCUCAGCAUGAAUCCAGUGAAAUUUUCUGACGCGGGUCACUACAUGUGCCAAAUAUCCACACACCCACCCAGAACAAUAUUUACAAACCUGACUGUUCUUCCUCCUGUUAUAACAAUAAAUGGUGACGACACUCACGAUACAAAAGACAGAUUUUACAAAGCUGGUAGUUCUAUAAAAUUGUCUUGUAUCAUAUCAGAGUUAUACGCGUCAUCGUUACCUACAAAAGCACCUCGAGCCACGCCCCUGCCACCAACUACUCCACCAACGACCACCACCACAGAAUUAACUACAAAAAUGAGUACAAUAUUCAAUAGAAUAGAUAUUAUGAUGAAUAAGAGUUGGAGCGUUGAGACAACAACGAUUACUUCAACAGUAAGCUUAAGUACUACUACUAAAAAAGUACCAGAAUUAAAAACCACGACUGAGUCGACGACAGCAAAGCCGACAGAGCCGCCUGUCGAAAACAAUAUUUAUGGAUUAAUUUGGAAGAAACAAGGCAAAGAGUUUUUUGAUAACGUUACUUGGCGGAAUAUGAGUGCCACGAUUAGUGUUGCAUCAGCAUCACAGAAUGAUAGUGGGACGUACUCAUGCCACUUGCAAAAUCACUCCCAAGUUACUAUUAAUGUACAUGUACUGAUUGGCGAAAAUCAGGCCGCGGUACAACACAAUACGGGGAACAAAGGAACACUUUUUUGGCAACCACAAGACUUAACUUUCGUGUCUCUUGCGGCUUUAAUAUUGUUUUAUCCAUGA